AUGGAAUCGGAGAAAUUGAAUGAAUUAAAUAGGCAAAUCAAUGAGAUUAAGAAGCGCAUUUUAUUGGCUGAAGGUCAAAAGACGGCCAACGCCGCGGAGUGGCAAAAGCAAAAUCGCAUCAACUGUGACACAAUUGGAUCACUGAAAAAGGACAUCAAGGAACUGACAGUUAAGGUAAGUCGACUGCGGCAUCCGCUACAGCGUCCGGUGGUCAUUAAGGAACCCAGCGCGGAGCCGCGCAAAAAACAGAGUGCCACGCCCACUAUAAUUGUGGGUAAGGCUACAUAUCCCAUCGGAGCCAAAAAUGCCGAAGAUGCUAUUUUUUUGACCGAUCUGAAAAUCACAGAGGGUCGCAAGCAGAUGGACCUGCUGCGUCAUCGAUUCAAGACACGACAGCAGCACUUUAGCCGACUGGUGGAGAAAUACCGAGAGCUGUUGGCCAACAAGGAGGCACAGAAUCAAAAUUUGGGCGAGAAGCCACCGGAAACACUCGAGGAGGAUUCCAAUCGAAAGCUUGUCUGUCAGCUGGAAAAUGAGAUCCAUCGCACCAAUGUGCAGUGGAUGGAGGCGGAGCAUAUACGCAAGAAAUACCGAUCCAUUGAAGCCUCUCUCAUGACCGAUGCAGAGCGUUUUGAGCGCAGUCUGCGCGAACUGGAGCAUUCACUCAGCGAACAGAAGGCGGAGAUUGAACGACUGCAGCAGGUGCACAACGAAGCCAUUGAAAUGCGUGAUGGGGCAAAAGUAAUUCUGCAGCGCCAAGAGCAACAGGCCAAUCUUUCGCAGAAGACACGCGAGCGUCAGGCUUUGGACUUUCGCAAGCAGGUGGAGGCGCGUAAGCUGGAACUGGAGCGCAUUGGACGAAAACUGUUUGCUGAGACCAAGACGCUGGUGCAUCAGGACAGCGUUGGCUCCAGUUCCGGUGAUCAGCACACGGCUAAGACGGAGAACGGGGAGGAGGAGCCGGCAUCACAGCUGGAGAGCGUUACUAGCGACAUGGAAUCCCUGUUCAAGCAACUGAUGGAGGCAUCCGGCGCUACCUCACCCUUCGAAGUCUUCGAGCGCUUUAGCGCCCAAAAAGAGUCGGCCGCUCGUCUGACCUACUUGCGAAAGGCGGCCGAAGCCGAGAAGGCCAACCUGGAGGCAGAGCGCGAAGCACUCUCAAGCGAGCUGGAGGCCUCCAAGUUUUCCGAUGUUAAAGAGAGUGAAGUUAAUCAGGAGGUCAUCGAACAGAUCAAAAAUAAUAUUGCUGGCAAGGAGCAAGAUCGCAAUAAGGACACCGAAGCCGCUGACAAGUCUAUGGGUGUACUUAAAUAUCUCAAGGAGCGCAUUUGCGAGAUGAUAUUCAAGGUGCAGGAGGUGGACGAGAGCAACAUCGAUAUGCGAGAGCGUAAUCUUCACAUCAGCGUCGCAGAGUUGCCCAACUUUCUCACACACACCGCCCAGGAUGAGGACUUGAUUGAGAUACUUAAGUUGAAAAUUAAACGCUGCCAGGAGCUCAGCAGGCCAGAGGAUGUGCCUCCACUUGAAAUUCCCAAGCUUGAUCUAGAGGACGACGAGGAGUCCUUUGAUCAGUUAGAGCCACCCAAAUCCCCAUCGGUGCCCGAGGGCGAGAAGCCACAACCGAUGCCAAUGUGCUACUAUAAUUUGUUCGCUGGUCGCGCACAACGGGCGGCCGGCACUUCCUCAUCCUCGCCAGAGCAGGCACCGGCUGUGGUGGCCACUGCCGACGAUGAUAAUGAGGUGCCCUCACGCAACUAUCUCAAACGCCAAUCUGUGCUUAUUGUGGACUCGAAGUCGAGACGGAAGCCAUUCCGACCACCACCCGGUGCCAGACGCAAGUAG